AUGGGCUACCCUGAACCUCACUCUCCCAGGCUGCCCACCAUGGGCUUAAUAGGGCAAGUCAUUCUAUCCCUAGGUGGUUAUUUUUAUAUCUGAUUUUUUAACCCUCUUGUCCUCUCUUCUGAUGGAAAGAAAUUGAGCUCAGAGGCCAGAAAUUUCUCCUACRUGGUGAGCGACUUCAUCCUCUUGGGUUUCCCUUGCCGCUGGGAAAUACAGAUCUUCCUUUUCUCCAUAUUCUUUAUGACUUACAUCCUGACUCUGCUCGGAAAUAUGGCCAUCGUAUGUGCAGUGYGCUGGGACCACCGUCUCCACACCCCCAUGUACAUUCUGCUGGCCAAYUUCUCCUUCCUGGAGAUAUGCUAUGUCAACUCUGACGUGCCCAACAUGCUGGCCAACUUCCUCUCCAGGACCAAAGCCAUCUCCUUCACCCGGUGCCUCCUCCAAUUGUACUUCUUCUUCUCACUGGGCACAACUGAGUGCUUAUUUCUCUCCAUCAUGGCCUAUGACCGGUUCCUGGCCAUCUGCCGCCCCCUGCACUACCCCACUAUCAUGACUUCUAAGUUCUGUAAUCGCCUGGUCAUCUUUUGCUGGGUCUACGGUUUCCUCUGGUUUCUGAUCCCAGUGAUACUCAUCACCCAGCUGCCAUUUUGUGGCCCAAAUGUGAUUGAUGACUUUCUGUGUGACCUGGGUCCCCUGCUGACCCUGGCUUCAGCCUGUGUCCCCAUCCCAGGGACAGUUCUCAUAUGUGGAACCAUGAGCUCCCUCCUCAUUUUUGCUACCUUUUUCUACAUAAUUGGCUCCUACACACUGGUGUUGAGGGCUGUGAUACAGGUGCCCUCUGCUGCCGGCCGGAAGAAGGCCUUCUCCACCUGCUCCUCACACUUGGCUGUCGUGCUCCUAUUCUAUGGAUCAGUCAUGAUGACGUACGUGAGUCCAGGGUCAGGACAAGCAGAGGGUAUGCAGAAGUUCACAACUUUGUUCUACUCAGUUUUGACCCCUUUUUUCAACCCCAUGAUCUAUAGCCUUCGGAAUAAAGAAAUGAAAGACGCCUUGAAGAAAGUUCUAGGAGGUUCCCCAAAUUGA